AUGUCAAUCUUUCUUCGUUUACACAAUCGGCUCGGUUUUCUGUCUUUGAAUUUGACCCGUGCAAGGUUUUCAUACAAUCUUUCCUCACGGUAUAAGAGCUCCGGUUCUCGUGAUUAUGCCGUAUUUGAUCACGCUUUUGAUGCGGUUGUUGUCGGGGCUGGUGGAGCUGGUCUACGCGCAGCAUUCGGCUUAGCUAACGAAGGAUUCAAAACGGCGUGUGUGACAAAGUUGUUUCCGACUCGUUCUCAUACUGUGGCAGCUCAAGGAGGUAUCAAUGCGGCGUUAGGUAACAUGGAGAAGGAUGAUUGGCGAUAUCACAUGUAUGACACGGUCAAAGGUUCCGAUUGGCUGGGGGACCAAGAUGCUAUCCAUUAUAUGUGUGAAGAAGCGCCAAAAGCUGUGAUUGAGUUGGAAAAUUAUGGAAUGCCUUUUAGCCGAUUAGAAAAUGGCAAAAUUUAUCAGCGCGCGUUCGGUGGACAAAGCAUUGAUUAUGGGCGUGGAGGGCAGGCCCAUCGUUGCUGUGCCGUAGCGGAUAGAACAGGACAUUCUCUAUUGCACACUUUGUACGGACGCUCUCUGAUGUAUGAUACAGCUUAUUUCAUAGAAUACUUUGCUCUGGAUUUACUGAUGGAAAAUGGAGUCUGCCGUGGUGUGAUUGCUCUUUGCUUGGAGGACGGAACACUUCACCGCUUUCGUGCUAAAAAUACUAUUUUAGCCACUGGUGGCUAUGGUCGAACGUAUUUUUCUUGUACAUCUGCCCAUACUUGCACCGGCGACGGGACUGCUAUGGUCAGUAGAGCCGGGUUAGCAAACGAGGAUAUGGAGUUUGUACAAUUUCAUCCCACAGGUAUUUACGGUGCUGGAUGUCUAAUCACAGAAGGAUGUCGUGGAGAGGGCGGUUAUCUCAUUAACAAUCAGGGGGAACGCUUUAUGGAACGUUACGCCCCGAAUGCUAAGGAUCUGGCCUCCAGAGACGUCGUUUCUCGUUCUAUGACCAUCGAGAUCCGUGAGGGUCGUGGUGUUGGUCCUCGUAAGGACCACAUCUACCUUCAACUGUCACAUCUUCCAGCAGAACAAAUACAUGCGCGGCUUCCCGGCAUUUCGGAGACUGCCAAAAUCUUCGCUGGUGUAGAUGUCACUCGGGAACCAAUCCCCGUUCUACCCACUGUUCACUACAACAUGGGGGGCAUACCAACCAACUACAGGGGUCAGGUUCUUAUCUAUGAUCCAGUCGCAGGAAAGGACAAACUUAUUCCUGGUUUGUAUGCAGCCGGAGAAGCUGCAUGUGCCUCUGUGCAUGGAGCCAACCGACUUGGUGCCAACUCUUUGUUGGAUUUGGUUGUUUUCGGUCGUGCAUGCGCUUUGGAUAUUGCUGAAAAGCACAAACCCAAAGAUCCUGGUCCUGAACUGAAACCAGACACAGGCGAAGCUUCAGUGGCCAACCUUGACAAACUACGACACGCCAAUGGAAAGUAUCCUGUUGCCGACGUUCGACUGGAAAUGCAACGGACAAUGCAAGACUACGCUGCAGUUUUCCGUGAUGGACCAACUCUGCAAGAAGGCUGCAGACGAAUGAACGACUUAUAUGUAUCAAAGAUGUUUGACCUCAAACUGACCGACCGGAGUUUAAUAUGGAACACUGAUUUGGUUGAAGCUCUGGAACUACAAAACCUAAUGCUCAACGCUCUUCAAACUAUCGUUGCCGCCGAAGCGCGCAGAGAAUCCCGCGGCGCCCAUGCACGCGAAGAUUUUCCAAACCGAAUUGAUGAAUAUGAUUACUCCAAACCGCUCGAAGGUCAGACUAAGAAACCUUUCAAAGACCAUUGGCGAAAACACACCUUGUCCUAUCAGGAUGCCAACACCGGUAAAGUCACACUGGACUACCGACCCGUUAUCGACGAGACCUUGGAUGCUAACAAAUGCCCAGCAGUGCCCCCGAAAAUACGUGCGUAUUAG